GGCUCCUGCUUACCAGUCAGGGCUUGCCCGGCUCAGGCAGGGAGGCACAGUGGGCAGGUGGCCUGGCAGGUGUGUGUGUUUGGAGGAGGCUUCUCAGCCAGGGAGGUGGAGCCAGACUGCCACGGCUCCUGGGCCAGGUGGGUGGUGGGUCUGCUGGGAAGGCGGGGGGCGCUGGGGGCCCAGGCUGAGCGGGUGGACGACAGCUGCCAAGGGCAGGGCUCACACCUUGAGGCCCCUGCCUUUCUGCUGGCACAGGUGCAGGGGACCUAGUGACUGCAGCUCUCUAGGCUGCUGUAGGCCACAGCCCCACAUAGGCCUGAGCAGCCACUCCUCUGAGCCUGGGGACACCUAUGUCCCCCCAACCAGUCAGAGAGGCUGGGCAAAGGGCCUGGUUUCCAGAGACCCCACGCCUUGCUGCUGGGAUGGGAUGGGGGAGAACGUGCUCCCAGCAUGAGCGAGUGACACACGAUGUCUCAGCCUGAGGCCUGCGGGGCAGUCUGGGGGGAGGCAGGGGGCGGUGACCAGGCCUGGCUCACACAGCCCCCAGGACAUUCCCAACCGCUGGCAACUGACUCACCCACUUCAAAGCCUUGGCUGCCACUCAGUUACUCAACCUGCACCUGGCACUGUCACUGGAAUUCUGCUCAGAGAGGGCCCCACCUGCUGCUCCCCUGGGCAGGUGCCUCCCUCCUUCCCUCCCAGCGUCCACACUGCUGGCAAAGCAGUCCCCAGUGUUGUCCACCUGUCCAGCCAUGGCUGUGCAGGUGCCCCUGUGGCACCACUACCUGCAGGCCAUCCGGUCGCGGCAGGCAUCCCGCGUGCAGGACUUCCAGCGUGCCGAGGACGUCCUGCUCACCCUGCUGGAGCGUGUGCAUGCCCUGGACGCCCGCUUCCUCGUGGACUACUCCCACCACCUAGAGGCCUUCCAGUUCGCCCUGCGCUCCUCAGAGGACCCGCUGGACAUGCAGGUGCUGCUGCAGGUGGACGCCAAUGCACUCCAGAUCGAGGAGCUGGGGGCCACUGAGCCAGGGGAUGGGCCCCUGCUCUGCCGCCUGGGCAUCCCCAGGGAGGCGACUGGCCUGGAGCCGUGGAUGGCUGAGGAUGUCUUCAGUGCCUGCUCGGAGGGUAAUGCCAAGUGCUGUGGCUACAUCAUGCCCAGCAAGGUCCUGCACGUCCUCAAGGACCUGCUGGUGGCUGCCAUGGUGCACUGCAAGCACCACAGCCUCAUCGCGCCAGGUUCGCUGAGUGCUGCCAGCCUGCAGGAGGAGCAGCUCCACCUGUCCCUGCUGGUGUCCAGUAGCUGGAGGAAGAUUCACUUCAACAUCGUGCCGGUGCUGAGGAGGAAGUGUGUGGUGCCCGGACUGGAUGGGGCCCGCUUCACACAUGGGUUCCCUGAGGGCACCCUGAAAAGGACUGUCAGCCAUGGGGUGGACCUGGUGCCCACCAGCGCCCAGCACUGGAGGGUCUGCUCGAGCUACUUGCUCACACGGCUGCUUGGGGAGGUGGGCACCCUCCAGGGCCACCGCCUGGACAGCCUCUGCCUCCUUGACCGGGUCAACCACGAGCACUGGAGGGAUGGCAGCCGGGAGCCUGGCCUGACCUUCGACCACCUGAAGACAGUGCUGCUGUGGGCCUGCUCCCUCUUCCCGGAGCCCGAGGACUGGGCGGAGCUGCAGGGCUCGGUGUACCGGGUGCUGGUGGUGCUGCUGUGCUGCCUGGCCACCAGGACCCUGCCACACUUCCUCCACGCCGGGGAUGACCUGCUGCAGGGCAGCAGCCUGGACCUCGGCACCAUCUACCGGCACGUGGAGGGCUUUGCCUGCCAGCCGGAGGCCGCCUUGUGCAUCCACGCCACGCACCUGGGCCACAGCCCCCCACCACGCGUGGGCCACGGGGUCAGGGCCCUGCUGCAGCUGCCGGCCAGCGACCCCGCCUACUGGGCCACGGCCUACUUCGAUGUCCUGCUGGACAAGUUCCAGGUCUUCACCAUCCAGGAUAAGGACCGAGUCACAGCCAUGCAGAGCAUCUUCCGGAAGACCAAGAGCCUGGGCAGCUCGGACAGCUGAGCUGCAGGGCUGGGCUUCUCCUGGAGGGGUGUGGAGAGGCUUUGUCCCCAGGAUGCUGAAGGCUGCCCAAUGGGCAGCUGGGACAGUCUGAGUGUGCCGGGCAGCGGCCCCAGCCCCAGCCGAGGGCCUGGGGUGAAGGCGCGUGUGCCUCCUGGGACCGGGGGUGACCCACGUGUGAUGCUGUCAGCAAAGCCGUGUGUCUUCAGGGACCAGAGCUGGAGGGCUUGUCCAGCCUGUGCCCAUGCCACCCCGCGGUGAUAAAGUAUGGGACAUCG